AUGAGCGGCCAUAAUCAAGCCUGGAGCACCCGGAAAAAGGCCCCGGCGCUUGAAAAAAAACGGGGCGAAUUUGCUGAGGCCGAGCCACUCUAUGACCGGUCACAGGCCAUACGAGAGAAUGUACUAGGUCCGGAGCAUGCUGAUGUGGCCACGACGCUCAGCGGCCGGGCGGGGUUGUUGGAAAGGCAGGGGAACUACGCUAAGGCCGAGUCACUCUAUGAACGUUCACAAGCCAUACGAGAGAGGGUGCUAGGUCCGGAGCAUCCUGAUGUGGCCACAAUGCUCAACAAUCUGGCGCGUUUGUUGCUGAGCCAGGUGACGAUGCCUCUAGAAGAAGACAAUUCCUCCGCAAUUUUAGAUCUCAUUCGGGCUGAAAUCCGACUCUGCCGCGCUGUCUGUCCACUCCAUAUCAUGUUUCUGAGGUUGGAGACAAAACGUUGGGCCUUGACCACCACGAUCUUGGCACGUGCAAACAACCGGACUGGGUUGUUGAAGAAUCAGGUGAGAGCCCAAGCAACUAUCCCAAAAUUGACAUUGGUAGGGUCCACAUUGUCGAGCGAAAUAUUGUUCUCGUUUUUGGUGCACUGCCGCACACUAUCCCACUUUACUGAUGCACAGGGCAAGUACGCUGAGGCAGAACAACUUUACGAGCGAUCAGAAGCCAUUCGAGACAAGACCCUGGAUCCGGACCACCCCGAUGUGGCCCGGUCGCUCAACGAUCGGGCGUUGUUGUUGGACAAGAAGGAGCAGUACACGGACGCAGUUCCACUAUUGGAGAGGGCCCUCUCAAUCCGUAUGAAGAAGCUGGGGGAAAACCACCCAGACACGGUCAGCACUCAGAACAGCCUGGACAUUGUGCGAAGAAAGGUGUGAAACAAGAUGGAAGAAGCUGCCAGCCGUAUAUUGGUCACUGCCAACGCCAUGAUCAGGACAGGGCGAAACUUCGGCAGGCAAGGUUCAACCGACCAAUCGCCGGAGUCUCGUGGCCGACCUGGCCGGCCUCUGCCGUAUGCGUAACGCGUGAUGGCAUCAGCCUGCUAUGAAAAGCUGAAGAGAGAGGCUUAGUAGCUCAACAUACGGGCCUUUUAAUUGUACCAUGUUAUGGAUCAGACCGCGGGUGGAAGGUCGCUACAAUAUUCUUCUGCGACAGAUUGCAAGGCAUCAUUAGGUGUGUGUGAUCUAUGCAACGGAACUGUCUGUCACGACUGAAUGUGUG